AUGGUGGAUGGAGCCUACGCCCAGCGUGCAUGUUACGAUGGACCAUCUGCAAAUCCUAGUGUAUCUGCCACGUCCUCAAGACAUCUAGCGGCCCUGCACACAAAAGCCGAAGUCGAUGCCCGGGUCGUCGACAAUGCCCUUGCGGCUACUGAUCGCGCAGGUUUUGCUCACCUGCGGAGAGUCGUUCGCAAGGAAAACCUGCCUUUGAAUUUGCAGAAUAAAUAUGCUGUCGCCACAUCCAAAUCUUGCGGGGCGCAAGAGCAGGCAUGUGGAAUAGGAGCUAGCAGAACGCUCGUCGCGAAAGAAGAGCCUUCAUACUUCUCUAAGACGCUGCAUUUAUGUUUGCUCCUCUGCGUCAAGUCCAGCAUGCCACACGAAGCAGUUUCUGCGUUACUGCAGGAGUCUGCAAUUUUUGACCGAUAUGACUUGAAACCGAAUGUAUUUACGAUUACAGUACCGGUUUCAUCCCCAAGUUCAGCAGAGGAAGCUCAUCAGUGGUCUCGGGAUUACUGGCCAGCUGUGUAUAAAAAACACAAUCCACUUGGCCCACAGCACAGCUCGAUAGAUCAGGCCGCCCAAGAGAUAAGUGCUGAUGUGCAGCAGUUCAUGGCAUUGGCCGAGCGAGUAGGGUUUGAUGCAUGCGAUCAGGGCAUAGGAGAGAAAGUUGGGGCGCUCAUCGUGAAUCGCAGCGACCAUAACGCUCCCUCAGUCAUAGUUGCAGCAGGAGACGCUCGCUGGAAGGGGAUCUCUGCGCCGAAGAAGCCCGGUAAUGGUAAUGCCAUGGCACAUGCAGUCAUGCGAGCGAUUGAUCUUGUUUCACAAAAACGAAAAGCAUGUUCAGCAGAGUCCAACAUCAGUGGACAAGAAGUACAGCAAUCUGGGGUUUUUACAUUUACGGCAUCAGAGAAAGAAAUAUAUGACCAAUCCAGCCUCGUACCUGGCGGUUACCUCUGCCUGGAUUUCGAGCUGUAUGUAACUCAUGAACCCUGUGUCAUGUGUUGUAUGGCGAUGUUGCACUCUCGCUUCAGUAAAGUCAUUUUCGGCUACAGAAUGCCACGCACAGGGGCCCUUGUGGCAGAGGCGUAUGAGCACGAAGGGAUAGACGGCUUGGGCUACGGGCUUUUCUGGCGGCCUUCGUUGAAUUGGAAGUUUUUGGCAUGGCAAUGGGACGAGAAAGGCGAACCUGGGAGGAGACGAUACUACAAACUCUCGAAGGCUGUUGAGUGGGUUGCCGUUGUAUUGGAAAGGGUUGAAAGCAUGUUCGAACCGCAUGGCUCUGAUGAUUAUCGCCUCCGUGCGCACAGGGCGCGGUCAGUGAUUUUGACCGAUGAGGAACUUGUCGAAAUUCGAGCCGCGCAAAGAACCUUCGAAGGGGCUUACAUUCGCACUGCGUUGGGACAAUUCUCCUUUUCGCUGGUCAUCCUCAAGAUUUUUACCUCGGAGUUCUAUUCCAUCGGUGCUCUUUUUGCUGUCUACGGUGCCGGUAUUUUACUGCUCAGUCUCUUCAGAAGACAACAAGGCAACAAACAAUUCUUCUCCGAGAUUGGCGAAGAUGGUCUUAACCAGCGCAAGUUCCGCACCAGUGGCAACGUGGUAGUUGUUCUAACUGCUCUGUCUAUUGCGGCAUACUCUUGCCUACUGAUCCUCACGUUGAGACUCGCAGAUCGAUGA